UGAUGCAAGUUGAAUAACUACAGGUUUCCUGAUGUUAUUGAGACAUAUCCUACUUUUAGACUCAAAUAAAUAAAUUACACAUACAUUUAAAAUGAAGGAAGUUGAAUAUAACACAUAAACUGGAGCAAGCAUCCUCGGCUCUGUCUUGUAACAAACUCACUGGACAAGCAGUGCGCACUCACUCUGGAUUUAGUAUUUAAUUAGCAUAAGAGAUGUUGUGGAGAGCAGCAGGACUGUGCGUCACAGCCCUCGGCGGAGAUAGGACGGGGGAAGGGUGGGGGGGGGGGGGGGGAGUAGGGGGGGGGGGGGGGGGGGGGGGCACCCUAUGGGAGUCAACAAACUGCAGUGUGGAUUCCUUCCACGGCCAGUCCACAAAACCAGUCCAGGUUGAUGUGAAAUGAUGACUUAAAAGCUCACAGCGUUACAGGUGACUGGAGACAGCAGGUAGCGCGUGGGAGCCGAAAGGGAGCGCGUGCAGCAGACGGACCUAAAGUGCGCUGAUGGAGCCGCCACUGUGAGAGCUGAAUGACGGGAUAUGAGACCAUGAAGCAACUAGGGACGACGGGGAUAAAACCAGUCCGAGUCACGGGAAUGGAAAAGCGCGUGCAAUGACUGACGGCAGCGCGAGGGAAGAGAGAGAAGAAGAGGUAAAGCAGAGGGAAGUUAUCUAGCUCAUUAGAUGAUCCAAAACAGAUGUGCCAAGCGUGCGUAAUUCUAUAAAACAAAACCAACUGUGGGGGAAGCCCGAUUUUCUUUUUUAUCAAAAAAGACAAAAGACUUGAGCCAGAAAAAUGGAGCAAAUCAUGGAGCCGGAGGUGACCACCACAGAGGGACAACAAGCCACUAACUUGGCUCAAUCUGCCGCCUCCAAACUGUCCCAGAUGGGCGAAAGAACUAAACAACUUGGCAAUGUAAUCCAAGACCCAGAUCGGCAGAAACGGAUUAUCAUGUUUAUAGUCUGCGUAGCACUUUUGUUAGACAACAUGCUUUACAUGGUGAUUGUGCCAAUUAUACCCGAUUACCUAGAAGGGCUCCAGAAAGCAGCGGAUCAUGCCCAAGCUAUUCUGCCUCACACCAACUCCACCAACAGCACCAUGCACAAAGCAGCCAAGGGCAACUUCGACCUCCAGAUUGGUGUCCUUUUUGCCUCCAAGGCCAUCCUGCAGCUCCUGGUGAACCCGAUCAGUGGCACGUUUAUAGACAGGGUCGGGUAUGACAUCCCACUCUUCAUCGGUCUCAAUGUCAUGUUUCUGUCCACGCUCACUUUUGCCUUCGCUGAGAACUACGCGACUCUGUUCCUGGCGCGCAGCAUGCAGGGCCUCGGCUCGGCGUUCGCGGACACCGCCGGCAUCGCUCUGAUCGCGGACAGGUACACGGAGGAGAAGGCGAGGAGCAAAGCCCUGGGUAUCGCCUUGGCUUUCAUAUCUUUUGGGAGUCUUGUGGCACCCCCAUUUGGAGGAGUCCUCUAUGAGUUCGCAGGAAAGCGUGUGCCCUUUCUGAUCCUGGCCUGCAUCUGCCUCAUCGAUGGUGUCUUGUGCCUGCUUGUGCUCAAACCCUUCUCCAACAGAGAGAGAGAAAACAUGCCAGUGGGCACCCCCAUGUAUAAACUCAUGAUCGACCCUUACAUAGCAGUAGUGGCUGGUGCUCUGACAAUCUGCAACAUCCCUCUCGCCUUCCUUGAACCCACUAUAGCCAACUGGAUGGAGGAGACCAUGCAUGCCAGCCAGUGGGAGAUAGGCAUGACAUGGUUCCCAGCCUUUUUCCCUCAUGUUUUAGGUGUCUAUCUCACUGUCAAAUUAGCAGCUAAGUACCCUCAUCUGCAGUGGUUUUAUGGAGCUAUAGGUAUGGUGUUCAUAGGUGCCAGCUCCUGCACGGUGCCAGCAUGCAAAAACUUUGGACAGCUCAUGAUCCCGCUGUGCGGAAUCUGUUUUGGCAUCGCCUUCGUGGACACUGCGCUGCUGCCAACACUGGGAUUCCUGGUGGAUGUGCGUCAUGUUUCAGUGUAUGGCAGUGUGUACGCCAUCGCAGACAUCUCUUACUGCGUGGCCUAUGCUCUGGGCCCCGUGGCGGCCGGACAGAUAGUCCACGACCUGGGCUUUGUUCAGCUAAACUUGGGCAUGGGCCUCGCCAAUAUGCUUUACGCACCGGCGCUGCUGCUGCUGAAGAACGUGACGCAGAUGAAGCCUUCUCACUCCGAGAGGAACAUGCUGCUGGAGGAUGGACCGACAGGACUGUAUGACACCAUUAAGAUGGAGCAGCGAGAGAAGAAGAGAAAGGGCUUGUGCACAACUAUCGAGGAGAAUGGCAUUGAGACAUUUGCGCAGCGGUCGUAUUCAGAGGAGGAGUCCUCAGGAGGAGAGUACGCGUAAAAAGACAUUUAACCAGAGUGUAAGGAUGCUCUCCAAAUUGCAUACUUUUUCUUUUUACUUUCUUUCUACUACAUACUGCAGCUGCGUAUUGUUGCAUGCAGAAUGCAUAACAUUGCGCCUUUAGUACGUACUGUGCGUUCCAAUACCCAUACUACCAUACUAUUUAGUAUGCCAGAAAAAGAUUUAGUAUGUCCCAAUACAUAGUAUGUCAAAUGCAGUAUGCCAACAAUACCAGGACAUCCUACUACAUUCGGUCGCAUUUUGCAGUAUGCAAGCCAGCAUACUUUUCUGGCUAUUCUGACCCACAAUCCAAGAGGGUCAAAGUUCAAGGUGCAAUGUUAUGAGGAAAUAGUGUGUCCCAAUGUCCUAAUUAUAUGCAUACUGCAUGCAACAGUGUGUACUUUGUAAGGACAGCUGCAGUACGUACUAGAAGUAAAAAGAAAAAGUAUGCGAUUUGGAACAUGCUGCUGGAGGACGGACCGACAGGCCUGUAUGAUACUAUUAAGAUGGAGCAACGAGAGAAGAAGAGAAAGGGCUUGUGCACAACUAUCGAGGAGAAUGGCAUUGAGACUUUUGCGCAGUAUUUAGAGGAGGAGUCCUCAGGAGGAGGGUACGCGUAAAAAGACAUUUAACCAGUGGCGGCUGGUGGAAAUGUUUCUAGGUAGGGCUGUGCCACAUCCAAUCAAUUUCAGCAAACAUCCCGGUAUGAUUUAAUGCAAAAAAAGAAAGUGAAGGUAUCAAAAACA